CCUCUGUGACUUCCCUGAUGUCCCUGGCUUGGGUGCUAGCCUCCUAUCACAAGCUGCUGCGGGACUCCAGGGACGACAAGAAGAGUAUGAGCUACAGAGGGGCCCUCAUCCAAUUCUUCUGGCGCCUCUUCACCAUCUCAUCCAGAGUUAUCUCUUUUGCCCUCUUUGCUUCCAUAUUCCAGCUCUACUUCGGGAUCUUCGUGGUGGUUCACUGGUGUGCCAUGGCCUUCUGGAUCAUCCAUGGCGGAACAGACUUCUGCAUGUCCAAGUGGGAGGAGAUCCUCUUCAACAUGGUGGUAGGGAUUGUGUACAUUUUCUGCUGGUUUAACGUCAAGGAAGGGCGGACUCGAUAUCGAAUGUUUGCAUAUUAUACGAUAGUCUUGACCGAGAAUGCUACCUUGACGUUCCUUUGGUAUUUUUACAGAAACCCGGAGACCACUGACUCCUACGCGGUGCCAGCACUGUGUUGUGUCUUUAUUAGCUUUGUGGCUGGGAUCGCAAUGAUGCUCUUAUAUUACGGUGUGCUGCAUCCCAUGGGGCCGCGAGUUAAGAUUUUGGCCAGCUCCUGUUGUGCCGAGCUGCUCUGGGGCAUCCCUUUGCCCCCCGAUGUUGAGCCCAUGGCGCCUCAGACCCCUGGGUACCGGGGGACCCAGGUCACGCCUACCAGAGCCGUAACGGAACAACAGGAGGAUCUCACGGCUGACACUUGCUUGCCCGUUUUCCAAGUGAGACCCAUGGGGCCCUCUAUCCCGCCGGGGCGUCCUUACUACCCAGAAGGGCCCCUCAUUAAGAUUGACAUGCCAAGAAAGAGAUAUCCAGCUUGGGAUGCUCAUUUUGUAGACAGGAGGUUGAGAAGGACUAUUAACAUUCUGCAGUAUGUCACCCCCACUGCAGUAGGCAUUCGGUAUCGAGACGGACCGCUCCUUUAUGAGUUGCUACAGUAUGAGUCUUCACUCUAAGAGCAUCUUGACCCAAGUUGAGAAGGGAACCUUAAGUUUGGUUUGCAGUAAACACCGCUCACAAGAAAUAUAACCCUCCCUUCCCCCAAUACACAAAACCACCACCACCAAUGCUACAAAAAAAAAAAAAAAGAAAAGAAUAAGUCACAACCCCUUCAGAUAAGCUUUCUUUCCAGUCGCUGUAUGUAUACAAAGAUAUUCUCUAUGUUUUGUAAGUAAAAACAAAACGAAAACUUUUCUUUUGUUUUUUACACAUAAGAAACAGUAUUGAAAAAAAUCCCACACUAUGGUUCAUAGGGUGGAGAAGGAGGAGUUGUCUCCACUCCAAAAGAAAAAAAAAAAAAAGUUUUAUACCUUACACCAAGUGUAGAUCAUUUACAGGAUUGGUGCUGAUUGAAAGAACAAAACAAAACAAAACAAAACAAACACAAACAAACAAACAAACAAAACCUUCAACUGCCUUAUGCCCUUAGGUGCUGAGUUUCAUUAAGUACUGUCAUGUUUCCUCAUGCAAAACUCUCUGGUGACUUUUGCUCCAGGAGAGGAAAAAUUAAACAAUCAAAUGAAACAGAUCUAGAAACAAAACGAAAACCAACCAACAAAAAAACCGCAAAGCAAUCAUUCUUCCUAUCCGAUUAUUUGUAUUGAACAAAACAAAUUUACCAAAAGCAAAGGCAUAGAAAACCCUCCUCUUUUUGGUUUCUCUCCCUGUCCCCUGUCCUUGCCCCUAACUUAUCAGCGCCUUCUAGGAGCCAAAAUGCUGGCUGUUUGAAACUCAGAUGGCUGGAAAAGGUACUUGAAGGCUGACUAUGUGCCAUUUUAGCAUUCACUGCUAAGAAUCGCAUUUGUUUCCUGGGGUAAAGCAAAACAGGACAAAACAAAAAGCCACCCCAAUAAUUCUAUAAGAACAGGAAAUUCUAAAGCAAAUUAAAGGAGAUUUCCAUUUAUGUAAUCAAAGAACAUCAGUAAUAAUAAAACUCAGCAUAGUAGCAAAAAGAAUGACAUCAAUUUAAAGGCACAAUACUUAAAUCAGUGACCGGCAAAAAUGAUUCGUUCUGUCAUUUUAAGGCCGUGAAAGGUAUACAUUUAUCACGUGUGAUAUUGUGUAAGGCCUCUUUUGUUUCCAUUUGGUGGGAAGCCUUAAAUUGAUCUGGAAAGAAUUCUUCAUUUUUUAUUUGUGCUUUUUAAAAAUAUUAACAAAAGAGGAAAAUUAGAAUAUAAAAAAAAGUCAAAUUGUAAUAACUGACCCAUUUCAAAGACUGUUUGGUGCUUCUGUCUUUCACCAUUGUGGUUGGCUGAAAGUCAUUCAGCUCACUCGGUGCAUCUGGGUUGAGUGGGAAAUUUUGUGUGUGUGGUGAGUGUGUGUGUGCGUGUGCGUGUGCGUGUGCAUGUGUGUGUGCCCAUAGCACACGUAUAUAUGUGUGUAUGUGUCUGCUGCAAGGUCUUGCCAGAAAUGUAGAAAACGGAUAUAAGACAGACUCUGGGUAUGGCUGAGGUGGAGUAUAAGGGUGCUGGGGAGCGGGCAGCAGGGAGGAGGGGAUGGUGCUUGAAUAUCAGCCCCCGUCUGGAUGGCGAAACUCAUACCAGCAGCAGACUCUGGCUCUUCGAGGCCACGUCAUUUGGGUGAAGAUUUGAUUCAAUUAUUUAUUUUCACAUUGUACCAAGUCAAAUUUCUGGAGGUGUUGCAAGUAUGUUCAACCAUUUUUAAAUGUUAUUUUUCAAAGUAUUACUCCUGUAAGGAAUAUUCUGUUCUAGGGCAUCUUUUCAAUCCCAUUGUAUCUCUACUUGGGCACACACACACACACACA